CAUUUUUAAAAUAAGUAACUAUAAGUCAAUCUAUUUGAGAUUUUGAAAUGAUUUCAAAAUGAGUAUCGAGGAGCAAGAAAUUGAAAUUGAUGCACUUCGCUCCAUAUAUCCUGAAGAGUUUGAACUGAUAGAGGAUAGUGCGCCCUUCAAAUUUAAAGUUAUUCUUGCGUCUCAGCCAGUUGAUUGUGGACCAGAAGAUGAUCCAACUGAAUUUGAAACAGGGCUAACGUUUCUUGCUAGACUUCCUGAAGUAUAUCCCGAAGUUGAACCUGAGUAUUCUUUUAUCGACAUAAUCGGAUUAGAUGAUUUAGAGUUAGAUAGCGUGCAUUCAGUCGUAAAGCAGCUCAUAGAAGAUAAUAUUGGUAUGUCGAUGGUUUUCGCAAUUUGCUCAGAAAUACAGAGUACGCUAACAUCUCUUUCCGAAAAUAAACUGAAAUCGAAAGAAGCAGAAGCUGAUCGUAAGAAAAAGGAAGCAGAAGAAAUUGAGUUGAAAAGACUUAUUGGAACACCAGUAACAGUUCAGACGUUUUUAGAAUGGAAAGCGAAAUUUGACGAGGAAAUCAAAAUCACGAAAUCGACGGUAAUGAAGACAAUUGUCGACGAUAAGACUGCGAUAAAAAUGACUGGAAAGCAGCUAUUCUUACAAGAUGCUAAAAUGGAUAGUUCUGACUUAGAGUUUUUGGAAACAGCGGUUGGUACAAUGGAAAUAAAUGAGUCUUUAUUUCAAGAUGACGAAGACUUUGAGAUUGAAGAUGACGAGUUAUCCGAUGAAUAAUUUUCUAAUUUACCAUCCCCUCUUAAAUCAAAAAUACAAUUAGCGAUUAACUUAUGUUAAAUCAAUUUGGUUUUUUACAGGAUUCGAGUUUGGAGCUUCUGAUCGAAGUCUGCCAUUUAUUUAAGGGGAUUGCAACGAUCUGCAUAUUUUUUCCUGUCCUGAGCAGUAACAAUUCGUGAGGAGUAUGCCCUUUUCAUUUGUUUCAAUGUUUAAGGCAAAGAAAAUUUCACCCUAUUAUUCAAUAAAUCAGUCUUGGUUUUUAGUUCAUUUUUAUCAAAUC